UCAUCAGGAGUGCUGUGCCUCCCACUGUCAUUCCUUUGUCCACUACUGAAUACUCCUUGGGCACUAAGAGAAGAAAGACGCAGACUCUGCUCUUCCCUUCCAUAUACUGAUACCAAGCGCAAACAGUGACAGGAUCGCAGAAUCUGAAUAAGGUGGUCCUGGUCACUGAGAUGGCGUCCUCUCUAAAGGUCUGGGUCACCCUCUUGGUCCUGCUGUGUCUCCAAUGCAGUUUACUUUUGCACAGUGAGAACGUUUCCAGGAGGAAAUUUAUGGAAGAACAUCACCUAAGUCCAAGCCAAGAUUUUGCUUCCUACAAAUGUAACAAUCUCAUGAAAAAAGGAAAUCUGAGCCACAAGCUCUCUCACAUGUUCAUUUAUAUCUCAUGGUACAAAAUUGAGCAUGUAUGCGUUAGUAGCAAAUGGAAUGACCGUUACAGAAAUACAUACAUAUGGGCCCAGCGUCCCAUCAAAACACUCACUUGUCACUGGGAGAAAUUAAAUAACUACAGAGAGACCAGGAGCUAUAGCUAUAUUCAAUUCCAUUGUAGCAUGGAUGGGUAUGUUGAUAAUAUAGAAGAUGUGAAGCUCAUAAAGCCUCCCUUCAACUAGACAAUCUGUCUGGGACCUCAGGUUGGAGAGAACAUUUCGUGAUUUUCAGGUGAUGGCCCUGCAUACAUCAACAGCCACUGCCACUCCCCAGUUUGCAUUUUCAUGUCAAUGUUUUCCAACCAGAGUUAUGUAUCACAGUCUCAUGAUACUACAAUUUUGUUUUUGUGGUUCUCUGCCUGUAAUAAUAGUCUGUCCUCAUUUACCUAAGUUACUCCUAAGUGUUCUUUCAAGGUUCAGCUCAUGUGACAUCUCGUCUUGACUAAUCCAGGACUUUUCCUGACAUUGACAUCUUUAAACCUACCAAGCUGAAUGACCUUUCCUUCUAUAAAUAAAGUAUGUUAUUCCAAUGUG